UCUGGCAGCCUCACAAAGAAGCGGCGACCCACUGCGUGCGGUGGCCGAAGCAACGGCCCCACGGCGGCUCCGCACCACCACCGGCUGGCGCGACACGGGGGCGCGCGCCCUGGUGAGCGCGGGCGUGCGAGACGUACCUGUGGAGGAGCGCCUGCACGUCACCAUCCCGCCGUGGAUCGAUGACACCAGGGUCCAGAUCAGACUUGACAUCGGCAACCACAUCAGCCGCACAGCACCACCCGACGUCCGGCGGGAGAGAUCUGGCCACCCUCCCAGACGACGCCGUAUGGGUGUGGAGCGACGGCUCGGCGGAGGGAGGUGUCUCAGCCGGAGGGAGUGGAGCGCUGAUAAUCCUCCCCUCAGGCGAGGAACACGAGCUCCGAGCCCCUGCAGGCAAGAUAUGCAGCAGCACCCGCGCCGAACUGGUGGCGAUCCGCGGGGCACUGGAGAUGCUGCUGCAGCUGGAGGGCGGCCUGGCGGAGAGCCCGGUCAUCGUCUGCGCCGACUCGCAGGCGGCGCUCGCCACACUGGCGAGUGGGGCUGGGAGCCAGACGACAGCACUCGGCGCCGCCGUAUGGCGACUGCUCCUGGCGCUCACGGACGGAGGACGCCGAGUCUUCAUGCAGUGGAUCCCAGCGCACUGCGGAAUACCCGGCAACGAGAGAGCGGACGUGCUGGCUAAAGAGGCAUCCAGCCUGUCGCAAGACGCCGUCCCAACGGACGUCCGCUCGAUGGUGAAGGCAGUCGGCCGCUCCGCCACCAAGGCAUGGCGUCGCAGCUGGCCAGACAGCUUCUUCAAAACCAUCAUGGGAGACCGGAUGCCGAUGCCGGUGCUCCUGGAGUCUCGCGACGAGGCGGUCAACGUCCACCAGCUGCGGGCGGGACACUGGAGCCGCUCGCAGAGCUACCUGCACAGAAUCGGACGCCGCCCCGAGCGCGACUGCCCUCAGUGCAGUGACCUGGCCUGCCCGGCGGCGCGCUGCCUGGUGUGUCGCGAGGGCCCGGACACGCCGGAGCACGUGCUGCUGAGGUGCCCGUGCUUGGCUGGCGCGAGGCUCCGCCUACUCGGCAAUAUCAGACCGGACCCUACGCAGCUUCGGGACGGCGGGGCUGUGGCGGCCUUGAGCCGCGGCUACCUCAGUCACCAAGAGCCGUUGGGCUACGGUCGGCCGUGAGCCGACCCGGGGAGAACAACAACAAC